AUGAUGAAACCUAAUUUCGACACCCAAGAUGGAGCUCCUUCUUCGGAUGCUCAGAAUUCUGGGAUCAAGGAUGCCGUAUCAGAUUCUCGGAAGAUCAACGAGGCCUCAGGAAAGACCAGGAGCUCUGAAUAUCUUGAGUCCGGUUUCUUCAAUAAAGAUGGUGGUAUCUCCAGGUCUAGUAGCCCUACUCCUUCUGAGGCACCUCUUACAAAUGAAAACUUGAGCCACACAGGAAAUAAUAAAGACCAAAUUCAAGGAGAUAGCCCUGAUUGCAAUUCCACUUCUGUUACGGAAUCUUCCAAUCCUAUUACGCCUCCAAACAAAACCUGGAGACCAAGGAUUGCUAAAACUUCUGCUGGAGAUACCAAUGGAAACCCCUCAUGGCUGUAUAAGAGCACAAGGCCUAUCGAUAAACCUUGGAGGAGAGACUCGGCUCCGGUGAUUGAAUACUCCUCCUUGAAACCACGGUCUUCUGGGGACAGAACCGGGUAUGCUCCGUCUUCUAAGGAUGAUAUACCUUUGGUUUCAAAUUUGAACGAUGUCGUACCUGAGCCUGAGCCUAAGUUUGAGCCUGAGCCUAAGCCUAAGCUUGAGCUUGAGCGUAAAACUGUUCUAGGUUGUUCGCAGUGCCUCACACAACCAAAGUUGAAGGCAGUUUCAUGCAUGAUAAAUUUCGAUGCCAUGAAGAAUAAUAACGCUCCCAGACAUUAUGAUAUGGUUUCGCAAAUUGCGGCCCCUCAUAUUCUUGCUUACCUUCCUGAGCCGGCAAUUAACUUACCAUCGAUAUCUACAACGCCUUACAACCUCUUUCCAAAAUGGCAACCUGAGCAGUUCCCUCAAAAAUCUCUCCCAAUUUCACCCGUCGCAUAUCCGACACCAAAUAUCACUCCUGUGCCUCCAGCUAUCGCCCCUGCUGACCCCAACAUCAACCAUUUCUUAUUCAGAGAUGCCGAGACUGCGAUACAGAAUGCGCCAUUUAUCGAGUUGGGGAGGCACGCUUUAGCUCAAAACUGGAGCUGUGUUAGAGUGGGCAACAUACCGUACAAUGUGACGACUACAGAGCUCACCGACUUUUUGGGCAAAAAUUCGAAUAUUGUCCCAGAUUCUAUAGGCAGUUUAGGGGUCCAUGUUAUCAUGGAUAGAUCUACUGGUAAAACUAUGGAUGCGUUUGUCGAGUUUCUCAACGCAAAAGACGCUUGGAAGUGCGUCGCGCGCCGCAAGAGUCGUGUAUUGGGUAAUAGACAUCUCACCUUGGAUGUUGUAGACCCGUCAGAUCUUAUGAAGGAGAUAUUUCCAAGAGCAAAAGGAAUUGUCUGGGAUGGUGUUAUCCCAGCUGUUCUACAGGAUCAGUCAGGACUCAGUGGAAUGGAUCCAGUGAUUUUAGGCCGUGAAGAGCUAGUCUUGAUCGUUGCUCACGCAAAAACCCCGCAUAGAAGUCCAUUUAGUAGGAAAUGUCUUCAGAGACCAUUUCAGUCACUUCUUUCGAUUGUCUCCAAGUUUCCCUGGUUUUCAGUCGAUAUCUACACCCUUGAACAACGGGACUAUAUUUUCAAUGCCCUACUUCAAGCAACUGAUAUACUUAAACGUCAUAUCAAACAUGGAAAAUCUAUGCCAAACCUGGAUUCUGACUUGCUGAAAAGUUUAGUCAGAGUUGGCGUUAAUUGUGCAGGAUUUACUGAUAUUCAAAAAUAUGAACUAAUUAAAGCAGCUGAGUUCGGAGCCGAAGGGAUUCGGCUUGAGAGAAUCAUACCGGGCCUUGAAGGAUUUGAAGCAAUUGGUAGAAGGCCAGGGGUCGAUGUUGGAGUUCUUGAGUUAUACGCUCUUCUUCUCCGGCUAUCUGUCUCUCCUUUUCUGACAGAAAGUUCUCCAUCUCCGGCAGCCCUCUUCACUCUCGCCAAGAACGUUAAGCAAGGGGAUGGCGAUGGUGAUAAGUCCAAACUGACAAUGCUCGAGGCAGCAGUUCAUGAAUGGUCCAUCAUUGAAAGGGCCGCUAGAACUGUUUUACCGUCAAAACCCCCGUUCGCUAAGAAUAUAUCUGGGACUAGAACCGAGUUUUUGCGUGAUGGCUAUUGA